ACAAACCAACAAUGAUACAGGAGUGGGGAUCAGCACUUUUAUUGCUUAGUGUUGUCUUUCUGGGCACAGAGGGUUGGCUGACCAAAGAGGGGUAUGGACCGAAACACUAUCAACCUCUGGUGCGAUUGCGACAUAAGCAAGAUGGAAACCCAGAGAGCAUAAGACUAAAAGCGUACUAUGGUCAGGAUGGAUACUUUGGUCCCUGCGAGAACAAGUACUGUGGGCUGGGCCGGCACUGCAUUGUGAACAAGGAAACGGGGCAGGCAGACUGCACCUGCAUGGAACGCUGCAAACCCAACUACAAGCCUGUGUGCGGCUCUGAUGGCGAACUCUAUGAAAACCAUUGUGAGGUUCACCGUGCUGCCUGCUUGAAGAAACAGAAAAUUUCAAUUGUUCACAAUGAAGACUGCUUCUUCAAAGGUGACAAGUGCAAAUUGAUCGAAUACAGCAAACUGAAAAACAUGCUGCUGGAUCUCCAGAAUCAAAAGUACAUCCGGCAAGAAAAUGAAAAAGAAAAUGAAGACAAAAUGACUCUGAAAAAGUUGCUGGUGGAUAACAUGUUUGAAUAUUUUGAUUCAAAUGAUGAUGGACUUGUAGACAGCAAUGAACUGGCACAGGUCAUUAAACAGGAUGGGCUUGGAAAAGAUCUCUCAGAAUGCUCUCUCUUUGAUCUAUUAAAAUAUGAUGACUAUAACAGUGACAAGCAUCUGACACAGGAAGAGUUCUACAGAGCAUUCCAGGUGGUUCAGCUGAGCCUGGCAGAAGAUCAGAAAGUGAUUGUCACCACAGCAACGGUGGGGCAGAGUGCCGUCUUGACAUGUUCCAUUCAGGGAACCUUGAGGCCUCCAAUAAUCUGGAAACGCAACAACAUUAUUCUCAACAAUCUGGAUCUUGAAGACAUAAGUGAUUUUGGAGAUGAUGGCUCCCUGUAUAUAACAAAGGUAACCACAACUCACAUGGGAAACUAUAGCUGUCAUGCAGAUGGCUAUGCAAAGCUUUACCAGACUCAUAUCUUGCAAGUAAAUGUUCCUCCAGUCAUUAGGGUCUAUCCAGAGAGCCAGGCUCGAGAACCAGGUGUGACCGCUAGUCUCCGGUGUCACGCUGAAGGCAUUCCAAAUCCUCAGAUUACUUGGUUGAAGAAUGGUAUUGACAUCAUGCCUAAACUUUCCAAGCAGCUCACUCUGCAAGCAAAUGGUAGUGGGGUGCACAUUAGUAAUGUGCGCUAUGAAGAUACAGGAGCUUACACUUGCAUUGCCAAGAAUGAUGCAGGAGUGGAUGAAGAUAUCUCAUCUCUUUUUGUGGAAGAUUCGGCCAGGAAAACACUUGCAAACAUACUGUGGCGAGAGGAAGGACUGGGUGUGGGAAACAUGUUCUACAUCUUCUAUGAGGAUGGAAUCAAAGUGAUACAACCGAUAGAGUGUGAGAUUCAGAGGCAUAUUAAACCUUCAGAGAAAAUUCUAGGAUACCAGGAUGAAGUCUGUCCCAAAGCUGAAGGUGAAACAGUCCAACGUUGUUUGUGGGCCACCGCGGUGAACAUCAAGAACAAGUACAUCUAUAUCACACAGCCCAAUCUGAACAGAGUGCUGAUCGUUGAUAUCCAGUCGCAAAAGGCUGUGCAGUUUGUAGCCACUGAUCCAAUUCCAGUGAAACUUCACUACGACAAAUCACAUGACCAGGUUUGGGUUCUCAGUUGGGGCGAUACCGAGAAAAACUCACCAACACUGCAGGUGAUUAAUCAGGCCAGCGGGAGCACAGCCCAUCACACUAUCCACACUCAACCAGUCGGCAAACAGUUUGACAGAGUGGAUGAUUUCUUCAUUCCAUCGACAACGCUCAUCAUUAAUCACAUCAGGUUUGGAUUUAUUCUUCACAAAGGUGAGCCAGCCCUUCACAAAAUUGACCUUGAAACUAUGAUGUACAUCAAGACCAUCAGUCUGAAGGACUAUAACUGUGUACCAAAGUCUCUUGCCUACACUCACCUGGGUGGAUAUGACUUUGUUCAUUGCCACCCAGACAGUACAGGAGCUAUUCAGCCACAGAUCAUAGUUGACAGUGUCACAGAUUCUGUGAUCGGGUACAAUGGUGAUAUAACGGGCACGCCUUACAUCUCUCCAGAUGGACAUUAUUUGGUCAGCAUAGAUGAUCAGAAGGGUCGCAUGAGAGUCCAGUCCAUCACUAUCCAAGGAGAAAUCCAAGAAUCCUUUGAGAUUCACACUAACCUUCACAUCUCCGAUGCCACGUUCCAGCCUUCUUUCACUGAGGCCAACCAGUACAAUGUCUACGCCAGCUCGGGUGUGCAAACGGACGUGCUCUUUGUGGAACUCUCCACAGGGAAAGUGAAGAUGGUGAAGAGCCUGAAAGAACCAAUGAAGACAGAAGAGUGGUCAUGGAACAGUAAAAACCGGGUGAUCGUGGACAGUGGUCUAUUCGGCCAGUACCUGAUGACACCAUCCAAGGAAUCCUUGUUUAUUCUGGAUGGAAGGCUUAAUAAGUUAAACUGUGAGAUCACUGAGGUGGAGAAAGGCAACACAGUAAUUUGGGUUGGUGAAGCCUAAAGAGGGCAAUUUAGUUACCUAAUCCCUGGUCUAACCUUUUCCACUGCACUUAACCUGCAACUCACCAUUUUUGCUCUUUUAUACACUAUGAAAAGUACCUAACUAAAUGUGAACCAGGUUUGCAGGCACAAAAAAAAACAACAGGUAUUUUUGAGUGAAAUAACCAUAGGUAAUAAUUGGAAUGUUCUGAUUUGUUAGCACUAUUAACAACAAGGGGGUGAGUGGCUAUUGUUUCUUUAAAUUGUACAAGGCAGCCCUCUAGCUACUUAGGUGCAUUCGCUAUACAAAACAUAACAGCAGCUGCAGAUAAUUAUUGCAGAUGCACUAAAACCCAUUUCUUUGAUUUUUCCACUUUUGCUUCUACAGUAUGCAGGAUAGAUUUUUGCUUAUGGUGUCUCAUUCAACAACCAGAGUUUUCACAUUGGAGUCAUUUUUUUUUCUUUGUCAGCUUUUUUGUGCCUUGAAAAGAUGCAUUUCCAGGGACAGGGAUGAAAAAAAAAUGGAUAAGUAUUCCCAUUGUGGCUGCUUGAUUGCUUGUCAUAAGAGUUUUAAAAAAAGCUUUUCAGAACCUCAUUGUUUAGUGCUGUUCAAGCUGAGAACAGGUCUGUAGAGGUAUUGACUAACUCAAUGUUACCAGAUGUAGACAUGCCCUCAAUAUUAGUUGAUUGACCAUGUGAAAGGAUCAAUCAGUCCCUCUUUCUCAGUAGAUGUACUGACACGAGUUAAAACUAGCCUACACCAAACAGUUAAUACCUUUUAAGUAACAUUAUAGAAAUCUGUCAUUCACUUGUCUGUAAUUGAAUGUUAUCUCUGCAGGCUUUAAUACUAAAGGGAAGAGUACAUGCGAGAGUGUCAACAUAUGCUACACAGUAAAAACGAAUGCAACUGGAUGAGCUGGUGGUAUUUUUAGGAGAUUUCCUUUGAGUAUCUGAAUUAACUUAAUUAACUAGUCAUGUAUUGUGCUUUGGAUUUUAUACCCGUGUCCAUCCCUGUAUAUUGCAGCUGCUCAGUUCUGUAAUUGUCAUCUGUUAGUUGGGAAAAUAUGGUGUGUGGGGAGAAUGGGAUUCUUUGCUCUACUCCAUAGCAGCUGAUAAACUACAGUGUUUAGGUUUGUAGUGACUGAAAUGGUUCCCUUUUUAAAACCAGUAAUGUUUUAUCAUGUGUGGUCAUCUAGGGUGUUAAACGUCUCUUACCUAACCAUUUGUCUAUCAAAUAAUAAUUUUUCUGUGUCAUGUAAUGGAUUCCAUAACUCGUGAAUGUUGUGUAUGUAGAAAUUUGCUUGACACUGGGGCAAAUAAAGAUCCUACAUUUUGAAA